AUGUCCCUCAUGGAUCUGAGAGUCCUCUUGGGUGAACCUGAUCCAGGGCGAUUUUUCUACCAGAGGCUGGUGGAGUUCAUGUCCAGCGGUCCCAUGAGGGUUUACAUCCUGGCUCACGAGGAAGCCAUCACACGCUGGAGACGGCUGAUGGGUCCCACCAAGGUGUAUCGUGCCCGCCACACGGCCCCAGAGUCCAUCCGCGGCAGUUUGGGCCUCACGGACACCCGGAACAGCGUCCAUGGCUCAGACUCUGCAGCCUCAGCUAGCAAGGAAAUUGCCUUCUUCUUCCCAGAUUUCAGCGAAGAGGAGUGGCACCAACGUGAGGAGCCGCAGCUCCGUAGAGAAACGUUUGGACCUUCGGAGGUCAUCCGUUGCCACCUGAAAGAUGGGGCAGGAUAAACCAGCUCGAACCACCUCCUCCUCCUCUCAGGGAUGUCACCUGGGCCUCUGCCAUGACCCAGUAGGUGGCCCUCAGGAGCUUCAUUACAGCCUGCGCACUUUGCCGUUGGGAGACACUCAAUGGAGAGGGGGCUCUGCUCCUCUUCCUGUGCCAAAGACCAGGCUCAACACGCGUGUGCCAUGUGCCGUUGAGUCUCCUCUUCCGUGGGAUGUUUCAGGCGACAAGGGCAGGGUUUCCAGGCUGGGCUGGGGAGAUCAGUCUUCAUGGGAUCUCUUGAAGUGCCUGGGACCAAGGAGGACGUCGAGAAGGUGGGACCCUAACCAGGAUAGACCUGCCACCCAACUAGAAUGGUCUUGAGUUACUCUCUGGAAGUUGAGUCAUGGGAACUGGAUUUCUAAGAAGAAAUUGGAUGGUCUUCUUGGGAGAACUGGACUUCUAAGAAGAAUUUGAAAAACAUCUAAGAACUGGACUUGAACUGGGCUGGACUUCCAAGAAGAAAUUGGAAGGUCUUAUCAGGGGAACUGGACUUCUAAGAAGAAUUUGAAGAACAUGUAAGUCUUAGAAGAACUGGAAGAACUUCUAAGAACUGGACUUGAACUGGGUUGGACUUCUAAGAAGAACUGCAAGCCCAGUUGCCAGGACUCAACAUCCAGGAAACAUUAUGUCGAUGACUGAGAAUUUUUAUUGACUCUUAGGUUAAUAAGAGUUAACCUAAGGUUAACCUGGUUUCUGAGACAGAUUUUGCCUGGGUGCCAAUGAACCUUUCUGCUUGUGGAUUUACACACUGGACCUCCAUUUUUUUGGGGGGGGGGGCACAGUCCUACCCCAGGCAGCUGUAAGAUGGACACGCUCCCCAUCUUGUGCUUAAGACCUCUGACCUCUUGCUGGCGACCUGGAAGUGGAACGGAGCCCACUCCAAACACGCCUGGAAGCGUUCAGCUCGAGUGCUUUUUCAUCCUCGCCAAGAUUUCUUAAAUGUCUAAACCCCAUUAAGUCAUCUCCCUUUUCAGC